GUGAAAGUGGGGGCGCUGCGGCAGGUGGGAGGAGGUAGACAAAUCCAGCAAUCGUACAAAGAGCCGAAGAACACGUGGACCAGAUUCGCCUACUUCAAUAAUUCAAUCUAUAUUCCAAUCUCUCUAUCACUGUCUUGAAUCAUCAUCAUAUUUUAUACUGAUUUCAUCAUUCAAACCAUUCCAAUUUCAUCUCAAUUUGGAAAGACAGUAGUUAAGUAACAAAGCCACUAGAAGAACAAGAAGAAGAAGGAACUGUUUUUCUCUUUCUAUUUCUCUGUACACAGUUCUUGACCCCAAGGUAUCCUGAAGAGCCGCUUUUAGAGAAGGAGAGAGUCAUAACUCUUAUCCAUCUCUGAAUCAAUUGAAGUUUAUCCAUUAUCCAGUCUCUUUCACAGCUUACAAAGGAGAAAUCUCUCAAAAGUAAGAAGCAUUUAGGGAUCGAAUCGAGGAUGAGUAACCCUAAGAUUAAACGAAGAAUCGGUAAAUAUGAGGUGGGGAGGACGAUUGGCGAAGGUACUUUUGCUAAAGUGAAAUUCGCCAAGGAUUCUGAGACAGGGCAACCUGUGGCAAUUAAGAUUCUUGACAAAGACAAGAUUCUUAAACACAAGAUGGCUGAACAGAUAAAGAGAGAAAUUGCAACAAUGAAGCUGAUCAAACAUCCUAAUGUUGUUCGCUUGUAUGAGGUAAUGGGGAGCAAGAGUAAGAUAUAUAUUGUUUUGGAGUUUAUCACUGGAGGAGAGCUCUUCGAUAAAAUUGUAAAUGAUGGUCGAAUGCGUGAAGAUGAAGCAAGAAGGUAUUUCCAGCAGCUGAUUCAUGCAGUUGAUUAUUGCCAUAGUAGGGGCGUUUAUCACAGAGAUCUGAAGCCAGAAAAUCUGCUACUGGACAUUCAUGGCUCCCUUAAAGUUUCCGAUUUUGGAUUAAGCGCUCUGUCCCAGCAAGUCAGGGACGAUGGCUUGUUUCAUACUGCAUGUGGGACUCCUAACUACGUUGCUCCUGAGGUCCUUGAUGAUCAAGGCUAUGAUGGUGCAACAGCCGACAUAUGGUCCUGCGGAGUAAUACUCUUUGUUCUGCUUGCAGGUUACUUGCCUUUCGAUGACUCUAAUCUUAUGAACCUUUACAAAAAAAUCUCAUCAGCUGAAUAUACCUGCCCUCCUUGGUUGUCAUUCUCUGCUAUGAAAUUCAUAGCACGAAUUUUGGAUCCAAAUCCUGUGACCCGCAUCAGGGUUCCCGAAAUUUUAAAAGACGAGUGGUUCAAGGUAAAUUACAAACCACCAGUGUUUGAUGAGAAGGAAGAGACUAAUCUUGAUGACGUCGAAGCUGCUUUCAAGGAGUCAGAAGAGUUCCAUGUAAGAGAAAAUAAGGAAGAACAACAACCUGCUCCCAUGAAUGCAUUUGAAUUGAUAUCUAUGUCAAGAGGGCUAAACUUGGGGAAUUUCUUCGGCGUGGAACAGGGAUUUAAGAGGGAAACCAGGUUCACAUCCAAGUGUCCAGCUAGUGAGAUAAUUAACAAGAUUGAAGAAGCUGCAAAGCCUCUUGGCUUUGACGUUCACAAGAAAAAUUACAAGAUGAGGCUUGAAAAUGUGAAAGCUGGGCGAAAAGGAAAUCUCAACAUUUCCACUGAGGUAUUUCAAGUAGCACCUUCUUUGCAUAUGGUUGAGGUGAGAAAAUCGAAAGGAGACACAUUAGAGUUCCAUAAGUUUUAUAAGAAUCUUUCAACCAGCCUUGAAGAUGUGGUAUGGAAAACAGAGGAUGACAUGAAAGGAACAAAGUAAUUCAUUGUGGGAAUUUGGUAUAUCUUUAUGCCUUGUUUGGUUUGUCUUCUUUGUAACCUGAAUAUGUAGGAUUAGUAAAUUCUUGUGUUGUUUUCUAUUAGUAGCCAUAGUGAUGUGCAGUUUUCAUUGCUCUGGAACUCCAGAUUUUUGGUCCUGUGAUCUUGAGUUUCUAAUAUUGUUAUAUCAGGAUUUUUUAUUUUAU